GGCCUCUCAUGUAACUUGACUAAAUGAGACAGACACUAAGGAGGCCUUUCUACUCAUGAGGGACACUUGGGCUGAGAUAUUUAAUAUUUUCUUCAGCAUUUGUUGAAUUAUACUAUAUUUUCUUUUUGCUCGUCACUGACUUUUCCAUCAUUGGCGUAUGGAAUGGUGAGCGAAUUGGGUGGGAGGUUGAUAACAAAAGGGUUCUGUUAUUCAACAUAGAAAAAUUAUCAGUGUGGUGAGCUCUGGAAUGCUAGUGUAGGUUGACGAUGGGUGGAAGAAUACUGGUAUUCAUCCUGCUUGUCUGCAAUUAUUUGCUGAUUGCAGUAGCAGACACUGCUACUGAGGAUUUGACCGCUCUCAAGUCUCUUAUGGAUACCUGGCAGAAGACACCUCCCAACUGGGUGGGAUCAGAUCCUUGUAAUGGUUGGGAUGGAAUUAAGUGUACCAAUUCACACGUUAUUUCCAUAUCGUUAUCAAGCACAGGUUUGGCAGGCCAACUUUCUGGAUAUAUUGGAUCACUAUCUGAAUUAGAGACCUUGGAUUUGUCGUACAACAGGGACUUAGCAGGACCACUUCCCCAAACCAUUGGAAAUUUGAAGAAGUUGUCAACCUUAAUUCUUGUUGGCUGUAGUUUCAAUGGUCCCAUUCCAGAAGAAAUAGGAAAUCUGCAGGAGCUUCUAUUCCUAUCUUUAAAUUCCAACAAGUUUGUUGGACAUAUUCCACCUUCUAUUGGCAACCUAUCUAACCUUUAUUGGUUAGACUUAGCUGAUAAUCAGCUUGAAGGACCCAUCCCUGUAUCUAGUAGCAGUAAGCCUGGUCUUGAUAUGCUACAUCAUGCAAAGCAUUUUCAUUGUGGCAAUAAUAAUCUCUCAGGACCCAUUCCUCCUAAACUUUUCAGCUCGGAGAUGAAUUUGAUUCAUGUGCUUUUUGAAAAUAAUCAGCUCAGUGGAAGCAUCCCCACUACACUUGGACUUGUUCAGAGUCUGGAGGUGGUGCGUCUUGAUAGUAAUUCUUUAAGUGGACUUGUGCCUCAAAACAUCAGCAGCCUUGUGAAAGUUCAAGAGAUGUACUUGUCCAACAAUAAGCUUUCAGGAUCCCUACCAAACCUUAUUGGAAUGAGUGUCCUCAGCUACAUGGAUGUCAGCAAUAAUAGCUUUACUUCAUGGGAUUUUCCAUCAUGGCUUUCAACUAUGCAGUCUCUAACAACGUUAAAGAUGGAGAACACGCAACUUCAAGGGCAGAUCUCUUCUUCUUUCUUUGGCCUUCCUAGUUUACAGGCUGUGGCUCUAAAAGGUAAUGAACUGAAUGGAACCUUAGACAUUGGCACCACCUACAGCAGCCAGCUGCGGUUUAUUGACUUGCGGGGUAAUCAAAUUGAUCAGUUUCGCCAAAGUGAUGGUGUCCCCGAAGUCAAGAUAAUGCUCAAGGGCAACCCAAUUUGCGAAGAAAAUGGAAUGGCAUCACAGAAUUACUGCUCCGAUACCCAAGCCAAUGAUAACUUAUAUAAAACACCAUUUAAAAACUGUGAUCCUGGUACCUGUAGUUUGGAACAGAUUCCUAGCCCCAACUGCCAAUGCUCCUAUCCAUAUACAGGAGCUUUAGUUUUCAGAGCUCCUUCCUUCUCAGACUUGGAAAACAACACUCACUACACAACCCUAGAGGAGUCUCUUAUGCAUUCUUUUCAAUCUCAUGAACUUCCUGUGGCUUCGAUUUCUCUGAGCCAUCCAAUCAAGGAUUCGGAUCAGUAUCUUGAAUUGAGCUUACAAGUCUUCCCAUCAAAUCAAGAUCGUUUCAAUCGAACUGGGACUUCUAGCAUUGGCUUUCUUCUUAGUAACCAGACAUUUAAGCCUCCUAAAGAGUUUGGACCAUUUUACUUCAAUGCAGACAGAUAUGAGCACUUUGGAGCUGCAGGGCCUAGUAAAUCAUCCAAUACUGGUGUCAUAAUAGGAGCAGCAGUGGGUGGUUCAAUCCUUCUAGUGUUAUUAAUCCUAGCAGGUGUUUAUGCUUGCUUCCAAAAGAAAAGAGCAGAAAGAGCAAUUGAUCACAACAAUCCUUUCAGGCGCUGGGAUAGCGAGAGCACUAGUGGUUUCCCUCAGUUGAAAGGAGCAAGGCAGUUCUCGUUUGAUGAGAUUAAAAAGUACACUUCUAAUUUUUCUCAAGCUAACAAUAUUGGAACUGGCGACUACGGGAAGGUUUAUAAGGGAACUCUUCCAAAUGGGCAACUGGUAGCCAUAAAACGAGCUCAAAAAGAAUCUGUGCAAGGAGCAUUUGAAUUUAAAGCAGAGAUUGAACUUCUAUCUAGAGUCCACCAUAAAAAUCUUGUUGGUCUUUUAGGAUUCUGCUUUGAGAAAAGAGAACAAAUGCUUGUCUAUGAGCAUGUUUCAAAUGGGAGCCUGAAAGAUACUCUCUCAGGGAAAUCAGGAUUUAAAUUGGAUUGGAUCAGAAGGCUAAAAAUUGCCCUUGGUACUGCCAGGGGUUUGGCUUACCUUCAUGAACAUGCCAACCCUCCUAUCAUACACAGGGACAUUAAAUCAAAUAAUAUUUUACUGGAUGAGCGCUUGAAUGCAAAGGUUGCUGAUUUUGGUCUUUCCAAGUCUAUGGUUGAUACUGAAAAAGAUCACAUUACCACUCAAGUUAAAGGAACACUGGGCUAUUUGGAUCCAGAGUAUUACAUGUCUCAACAAUUAACUGAGAAGAGUGAUGUUUACAGCUUCGGAGUGCUAUUAAUGGAGCUGAUAACUGCAAGAAAACCUAUAGAAAGAGGGAAAUAUAUAGUAAAAGAGAUCAAAAGUGCAAAUGAUAAGACGAAAAAUCUAUGCGGUCUUUAUGAAUUCCUGGACCCCACCAUGGAUUUAGGGUCAACACUGAUUGGUUUUGAGGUGUAUGUAAAUCUUGCACUGAAGUGUGUGGAGGAGUCAGGUGAUGACAGACCUAGAAUGAGUGAUGUGGUAAAACAAAUUGAAAACUUGUUGCUCUUAGCUGGUGCUAACCCCAAUGCAGAAUCAGCAUCCACUUCAGCUAGUUAUGAGGAUAUCAGUAAAGGAAGUUCUCGUCAUCCUUACAGCAAUGAGUCCCUUGAUACAGGUGUAGUGCUUCCAAAUCCAAAGAUUGAGCCUAUGUAAGUAUUGUUUUCAUAUUUAAGGAUUGCUUUGUGUGGCCAAAGAAGAAGAAGAACAAAGGACAAGGAGAAAGGUUCUUUGAGUGUGUAUAUGUUUGUUUUAGUUCUAGAUUGAGAAUAGUUUGAAGUUAGCUUUAGAGAUUGAAGAUGGGAAUGCUAUUGAAGGAAAAGCAUUAGCUAUAUUUCGUUUUAAAAGCUGUGAUUUUAUGAAGAUGUUUUCAUGCUUGUACACAAUUUGUUGGAUGAGCACUUGAAUUUGAAAGUUGCAGAUUUUGGUGUUUUGAGUCUA